UAGACAUCGUGUUAGCAGGUUAGUGUGUAUCUAUCAAUUCUAGAGUUUGUUCUUCGUGUUGUUCUCUCUUCAUUAACACCCAGGGAAACUGCUAGCUCAACAGCCGGUCUGUUCCGGUUCGAGAGGAAAAGCUGAGGAUUUUCGUGCUCUGUGACUCGUUUCUCUAUCCUGUCCUGUAGCGUGUGCGGAGCGCGCUUGUUGCUUAGAUAUCGUCGCUUUUUCCAUCGCUUGCACUUCUUUUGAAAGAAAGCAGUUCGUUCCGUGUCUGAGGAGCUUUCGCUUCAACGCAGCUCUAAAGUAUCGCCCGUGUUGUCUCCUCACUUUUGCCGGGUGCUGUUAUCUGCGGCGGCCCCAUUUUGCGAGCGGAUGCCCCGAUCCCUCUUCCUGUCAGACUGCCCAUCGCCAUGCUCACCUUAUGCUACUGAAGUAUUAUUGCGUAUUUCCGUGCCAGAGGCUUCCUUCGCUAUUAUCAUCGGGAAUGGGAUGCGCUGCGUCUAGCCCGUGACACGACCGGUUCAUCUCGCGACGAUUUGUGUAUGCGACCACUCGGCGCCACACGCCCUACUAUGGCGUUUCCGCCAGGAAUGAGCACUAUCAAUACGUUCUUUUGUGCCCUAUUUUCUCCGUCCACUGCCGGUGCGCCACAUUAUGAGCAUCGGAUCAAAAUGCGGCCGAAGCAUGGUUAUAUUUGACUCACGCAAAUUUCAACGUAACUGAAAGAAGCAUGAAACUUCUGUUCCUUCCCCCACUUCCCCAAAUUCGACAUCUUUUGAAAAGGGACCUAAUACCGGACAGUACUCUCUGUAUCAGGUGUGCGGGCAGAAUGCGUAGUCGCUGCAUCCUUUCCAGGUCAGGAAAGUUCGUUUUGCAUUCGCACUUCUCCCCGUUCCGUGGCGUCACGCGUCUUCGUUAGCUUCUCUUUUCCAACACCGAGAACUCGGACUUUUACGGUGAAGUAGGCGAAAGAGCCGCCUUACCCUGGGCGCCUGCUCGUCCCCUGCUUCCACUGGUGGCUCUGCUAAAGAGCCCCGUGCCUGUACACCGUGGCACCGCCUCUCAGCCUUGAGGUCAACCGAUAACGAGGCGAGACCUCGCUUUGCGUUGCUCUUUCUUCCCUGUUUACUUGAUUGCGUCUUCUAGUGGGAAUCCAGGUGAUACACGUUGCGUGUUGUCUCUGUCGUCGUCAUCCGACAUCUUUCUCGCUACGCCAGGACAGCUGGUCUGGUGUUCCCUGCCGGCGUCUUCAUUUCUUGGGCCAGAGGCCUUGCCGAAGUGAAAAUGGCGGGCCUCGCACUUCUACGGUCCACAACAGACACUCUACGGCGAGCAGCGCGAUAUACUGCCGAUUCAGUGAACAACAUCCUUCUGGGGACGGAGCAAGAUGCGGUAGUUAACAGAGACCCUAUUAUGGAAGUUGUUGCGCAAAACCCUCAGGAGGCCAUCCGAUUCAUCAAGUGGGUGCUCGUCUUUAGCGCCCUUCAAGUGUCUCAAGUCCCAGUCCGAUACCUCUUUUUCUUUCAUCUCCAUGGCACACGAGAUAACCGCGCAUCCAUCAUCAACACCACGCGGACGCUCACCGGCGGGCGAGGCUGGAAGUGUAGCAAAUUUGUGUCUAUUCUCAGCUACGGCUGGUUUAUUCUCGGUGUCGUAUGGGUUUUCAAUGCCCAGGAGUGCUCCGAGGCGCCCGGUCUCUGGAAACUCACUGUCUCUGCGAUUGUGGUCUCCAUGCUUCGCCUUGUCACUACAUUCGUCUGCUUUUGGAUUUCGUUUCCGCCAAAUGCGGGAGGCCUGCAAUCUGCCGACCGCUUCGUGGGCGCCGCGACGCCGGAGCAAAUCUCAAAGCUGCCGCUCCUGACAUACGCGGAAAAAAAGGCGCAGUUGUGUUCGCGGGUGGCCGACAAGACCGUCCACACGUUUGCGAGGAGAGAGGACGGAAGCAAAGGCAAGAAGGAAGACGACAGAAGCAGAGACACGGAAGGCAAGCAAACCGGUUUGGCAGAGCGGAGCAGGAGUAGAGAGAGAGACGACGGAAGCCUGGCGAGAGAGAGAGCCGAGAGGACACAGGGAGACGGGCCGGAUCAGAUGCUGACGGGCAUCAGCAGAACUGGACAAGAUGCCGCAGAAAUGCGGGGCAAGCAAGGUGCUGGGGUCCGAGCAAGGAUGGUAGGCAAACCCGGCGUGGAUGGAGACCGUGCAUUUUCGUCUUCGUUUUCUUGCUGUCCAAGUCCUGAGCACCGGUAUGCCACUGCACCGUCGCAGGUUUCUCGUCGCCUCGAAUCGGCAGCGGAUUCUUUUGUGAGAGCUUCUGUGCCGCGGCAGCGUCCCGCCUCGUAUGUAGAGUGUACUGGUGGAAGGAACACCUCGUGUUUGUCCCCCUGUUCCCCGGUUAAAGAAUGCCGGGCAGGUGGUCAGCAGAUGGCAAACAUAAAGGCCAGGGGGAAAUGCAGCACAAGUCCCCAACGAGGAGCGGCGCGUCGCGGGUCCGCCGCUGGCUACUCUGCUUCCGUGGAAACGCCCUACAAGUUUGAAGAGGUGCAGGCGGCCGCCACAGCAGCGAACGGUGUUGCUUCCGUGCCAGAAGCGUCGAGCGUAGGCGAAGCGGCGACUUUCUCCCCGGUCCAGGAGAACUGCUGUAUUUGCUUAGGCGAGUUUGCCGAUGAGGAAGUCAUCCGAGAGCUCAAAUGCUCACACUUCUUCCACCAUGGAUGCAUUGACAAAUGGUUACUGAAAAACAAGCAAUGUCCUCUCUGUCUACGAAGCAUCGACGAGCCGUUUGAUCCCGGCACGGCGGCGCAAGAGAACGGGAGCACUUGAUGGAAGGCGUAUGGGAAAAAGGCUGAGGGCAGGUGCGGAGAGGAACAACGGUUUUGCUUCCCCGGAAACUUAUCUUUUUUAUCAUCUCCCCCGACGUGGCCAGAGUUUUCUGUAGUUUGAGUCUCAUUUUCUUGCAUGACUUGACAUCUCACGCCUCUUCUCCGGUGGCCGUAUUAUCUGUGUCGACAACAGUCAACGGCCGUCUCGAAGCGCCUUGCAAAAAAACGAAGUUCCCACAGGCUUAAAUCCAGUUUUCUCUCUGCUUGCUCAGGUGGACAGACUAGAUGCGCUUUUCUGCAGCUCACGGCUGAGUGGAGAAUCGUGUUGUCGACACUUUCGGACGUGGACAGUGUCUGAACAGCGGUAGCCGUGUCCGAAGUUGCAGGGGCUUAAAGAGCUCCAGAUCCAACUUGGGAUUCACAGGCGCAGAACGAGGGUGAAUCACAGAGAAGCCUCCGGGACAAACUAGACACGAUCGCAGCUCACCUAAAUAGAGGUGCCUGUGUGAUUCUCGAGUUCGUUAGCUCGUGCUUUGUAGCUGUCGAGCCGUCCCGGCACCCACGUACAAGAUCUCAGGUGCGAUGCGAACGGAAGAAGCUGAGAACUUGACACAGGGUCGUUGAUACGAUGACAAUGCUGUCUCUACGACAGAACGCGACUAACACAUCUGCUAACUCUUCACCGUG